UAAAAUCUAUCUCAAAACAGAAUAAUCUCUCUCUUUUUUUUUGUUUCCUCUUUCUUCUCCUCUGCGAGAUGAAAGCACCGAACAUGGAGACGAUAACUGAGUCUCUGGAGAAAUCGAUGCAGAAUUGUUCUCUUAAUGAUCGGAGAAGAAGGGUCGUCGGAGAUGGCUUUGGGAGAUCGUCCAGCAACGGACACACUACUCCGAUCUCAGAUAGAACAUUGGAGCUCAAUUCUCACUUAUCUCUUCCUUGUCACUGGGAACAGUGUCUUGAUCUCAAGACAGGAGAGAUUUAUUACAUAAACUGGAAAAACGGAAUGAGAGUGAAAGAGGAUCCAAGGAAGGUGAUGAAUGCAGAUCCUGACAGUGGGGAAUCAUAUGGAACAGUGUGCUCAGAAGAAGAUAGUUCAUAUUACGACAGCGAAGAGUCUUCAUCAGAGUCAUCUCCAUCAUCAAGAGAGAAUCAGAAAGAUGAGGAAGAUGAUGAUGAAGAAGAAGAAGAAGAGGAUGUGCUAGUGGUUGCUGGAUGCAAAGCUUGUUUCAUGUACUUCAUGGUUCCUAAGCAUGUCGAGGACUGUCCCAAAUGUGCAGCACAGCUACUUCACUUUGAUCGACCUCAUUCUGUUUCUCCUUAAAACACAUCUCAUCUCUUUUGUUUAUUCAGAUGAGAAUUUGUUUAGGUUUCCUCUUUUCUUUACCUAAUCUUUAUAAUAUUGUUAUAACUUAGUGGUUUCUCUUGUGAGUGGGGGGCAUUAACACGAGUUUCAAUGGCAAGAAUGUUUCAGGCAGUAAAAGUGAGUCUGAAUUUUAACCAAGAAUGGUAGCAAGUUAUAAACGAGUUGUGUGUAUGCUUUUCAA